CACAGCGACACCGGCCGCCGCCGCCGCCGCCGCCGCGCCAUGGCGAUCGCAAGGCAAGUGCUUUGUGUCUGUGCUUUCCUCUCGCUGCCGCACGCUGGCGCCGAGCCCAUCCGCUACUCCGUAGCCGAGGAGGCGGAAAGCGGCUCCCUGGUCGGCAAGCUGGCCGAGGACGCGGGGCUGACGCCGGCGCAGCUCUCGGCUCGCCGCGCCCGCCUGGUGUCGGACGACGGCCGGCAGCAUUUUCGCUUAGACCGCGCCUCCGGCCGCCUCGUCGUGGCGGGGAGGCUGGACCGGGAGGAGCUGUGCGGCCAGGCCGCCAGCUGCAUGCUCCCCUUCGAGCUGCUGCUCGCCGAGCCGCUGCAGUUCUUCCGGGUCGAGGUGGCUCUGGAGGACAUCAAUGACCAUUCACCUCUUUUCCGAGAUGACCGUGUCAGUUUAAAAAUCCCUGAAACCAGUGAGCCGGGUUCGCGUUUCCCGCUGGAAGUGGCUCAUGAUCUCGAUAUUGGCCGCAAUGGCAUCCAGGCAUACAGCAUCUCUCCCGAGAAUGAGUAUUUCAGUAUCUCCUAUGAAAGUCACAGUGAGGAUGACACAUCUCUUGAACUGGUCUUGGAAAAGUCACUAGACAGAGAGGAGCAGGCAGAGAUGAGUUUCAGUGUUAUUGCUGAAGAUGGAGGCUCUCCUCCCAGGAGUGGCACCACACAAGUAAAAAUUGUCAUUCUAGAUGUAAAUGACAAUGCUCCUGUAUUCACAAAAGAGCGUUAUAUUGGACAGGUUUUGGAGAACAUGCCAGAAGGCUCUCUGGUUCUGACUGUGCUGGCCACUGAUCAGGAUGCAGGAGCUAAUGGGGACAUUUCCUAUCAACUCAGCCAAGCAGUGGGACAGAGUGACUCAGCAUUUGUGAUUGAUCCCAAAACUGGUGAAAUUAAACUCACAAAACCUCUGGACUUUGAGGAUUCAGAGCAUCAUGAACUUCGUGUGAGAGCCACAGAUGGUGGGGGCCUUUCAGCAAUCUGCAAGGUGUUGGUGCAGGUGGUGGAUGUGAAUGACAAUGCCCCAGAGCUGGUGGUCAGUUCCUUCAGCAGUCCCCUCCCCGAGAACACAGUGCCCGGCACAGUGGUUGCCCUGUUCUCGGUCAGGGACCGGGAUUCUGGUGCCAACGGGAAGAUCUCGUGUGCCCUGGAGGAUCAGCUCCUCUUCUCCCUGCGGCCAGCCUAUAAGAAUUACUACGAGCUGGUGACAGUGAGCGCGCUGGACCGCGAGGAGACGGCUCAGUACGUGCUGAGUGUCACAGCAGCAGAUGCGGGGUCGCCUCCUCUCACGACCACGCAGACCUUCACCGUGGACGUCUCGGAUGUCAACGACAACGCGCCCGUCUUCAACCAGACGUCCUACACCAUGUACGUGCGUGAGAACAACGUCCCCACGGUGUUUGUUGGAGCGGUCAGUGCUGCAGACGCUGACGUGGGGCUCAAUGCCAAGGUGACCUAUUCCCUGGCCCCAGCGCAGGCGGCAGAGCGGCCCCGGUGCUCCUGCAUCUCGGUGAACUCUGAGAACGGACACGUGUUUGUGCUGCGGCCCCUGGACUACGAGCACUUGCGGCAGACCGAGGUGACGGUCGUGGCCUCUGACGCGGGCUCUCCUCCGCUCAGAGCCAACGUCACCGUGCGCCUCGUCGUGCUGGACGAGAAUGACAACGCGCCGCUGGUGCUGUACCCAGGCCAGGAGAGCGGCGCGGCGUCCAGCGAGCUGGUGCCCGUGUCGGCUGAGGCGGGCUACCUCAUCACCAAAGUGGUGGCCGUCGACGCCGACUCCGGCCAGAACUCCUGGCUCUCCUACCACCUGCUGAGGGCCACCGAGCCCGGGCUGUUCACCGUGGCUGUCCAAAGCGGGGAGGUGCGUCUCAGGAGGCCGGUGACAGACAGGGACAGCGUCAAGCAGAAGCUCGUUGUCCUGGUCCGAGACAACGGCCAGCCCCCGCUGUCAGCCACCGCAGCUCUGAGCGCGCUGCUGCUCAAGGACUUCUCAGACGUGCGCCUCCCGCACAGCAGCGCGGCCACGGAGGAGCAGGACGGCUCCCUGACCACCUACUUAAUCAUCUCCCUGGUCUUUGUCUCACUCCUCUUCCUCAUCUCCGCCGCGGUCUUUGUGGCUCGCAAGGUGUGCAGGAGAAAGGAGCUGCAGGCCGGCCAUGUGCUUUAUGGUGCCGACAACUUGCAGAGCGGCCUGGCCGAUGCAGCCGCUGCAGGGACCCUGCCCCGCGCCUACUGCUACGAGAUCAGCCUCACAACGGGCUCGGGCAACAGCGAGUUCAAAUUCCUCAAGCCCAUCCUCCCCAGCCUGCCACCACAGCACUGUGCCACGGGCCAGGGCCCCGAGGAGGGACAGGAUUUCCCCUGUGUCCCUGUCAGCACAGAGGACAUGGCACCAGACAAUCCUGGGACUCUCUCUGCGCGACAGUUCAACGCUCUUUCCUUCGACUAGCCGGGCACUGCACAGACAGAGGCUUCAAUGCUCCUGGGAGGAGGGGAUCCAGGCUGCAGCAUGUGGCAAUGCUUUCUCCUGAGUAAAUCUGUAUUUGCAAUUGAUUUACAAAAUGUCCUGCAAGUUCUAUAAAGAAUAAAUAUCUGCCACUCCAAAAAACAGUGAAGGAAAUAAAAGAAGCCAAGGUUCUCUCAUUUAGUUAGCAAUGAGUUUCAGCUCUGUUUCUGCCAUUUCCCGUAGGCUUUAAGUAUGUGGCUAGCACUCCCAGCUAUGCUCAUGUUUCUAUUGCUGUCCGAAAACACAGAAGGUCUUUUUAUUAUGCAUUUUAAGACAUUAUCACCACCAAAACGUCAUCAGCAGUGAAAUGCAAAAUAAACUUUUUCCCAGCUCUGCAAAGCAAGGAAGUCUUGAGUGCUGAGUCACAAUGUCAAGUGAGCACUAGGCCCUUUCUUCCCUGGCUUCUGGAUGUGUCUGUCUGAGAUGUGAGCUCUGUGUGCUUUGCUUUCUUGUCCCUGAGUUUGUCUGUGCAGACACUGACUAUCUGCAGAUGAUUCCAUAGUGCUGCCUGCUGAAGCAGGGAGUUGCUCCCACCCAGCCAUGGCCACACAGGCAAGGCCAGCUCCGCAGGGAAGGAGGUGAUUCAGGCCCUUUUGGAACAGCAGUCUCGUCUUCCUUGUCUCGCUCAGAGUAGAGCAGCAAAAUGCACAACAGAAUCUUCCUUUGAUGUACCAGAAGUGCUUGGGUGUUCUGUCACCUCAUGAUUGCCUUGGAAAUACAGCAGCACAAACAUAGUUAUGAGAGUCUGUAACUGAACAGAGUUGUAGAAACAAGUUCAUUGUCAUUGUGUGCAUUGAAGGAAAACUCCACAAAUACUAAAAGACAAUAAUUGGAACUUAGAUUCUAGAAGAACUUUUAAAAUAACAUGAAAUUUGGUCUUUUCAUUGUUGUUCCUUAAUCCCAAGGCUUCCUGAUGGGAGUUGAAACUGUCCCUGCAUGAUUUUCUGUGUUUGUGUUAGAGCAUUUGCAUUCCCAUGUCUGCCCUUUCUCCUUCUACACUCCGAAAUGUCCUGAGCAUUGUACUGAGCCUGUUCCUCUCGAGAAC